CUGCGGUACCUGCAGGGGCUGACGCAACCUUCCCGGAGCGAUAUCGUCGGGAUGUUUCACCCGGCCGAAAGGCGGAAGAGCCGCGAGCAAUUGGGACGACGCUGAAAUCCCCGUCGGCUGCUUGGAGCCUGCAGCUCCUCUGGGAGGAUGGACGCCCUGAGGAACCGGACGGUGGAGGAGCUCCGGGAGCUGCAGGAAAACGCGGAGGAGAUCGAGCGCCUGGCCCUGGAAUCCCGGGAGGUUCAGGAGCUGCAGCUGGAGAGGGAGAUGGCCCUUGCCGCCAACCGGAGCUUGGCCGAGCAGAACCUGAAGUUCCAGGCGCCGCUGGAGAUGGGGCGCGCCGACCUCUCCAACAAAUACGAAGAGCUGCAGAAGCUGGCUGAGCGGUGUAAAGAGCAAAAGGCGAAACUGGAGAAAUUCUCAGCGGCGAUGCAUCCUCAGACCUUGCUGGAUCUCCUGCAGGUGGAAAGCCAGAAAAUCGAAGAGGAGUCUGAGAAAAUGGCCGAGAAGUUCCUGGAGGGCGAGGUGCCCCUGGAGACGUUUCUCGAGCGGUUUGCCGUGAUGAGGAAGUUGUCCCACUUGCGCCGGGUCAGAGUCGAAAAGCUGCAGGAGAUACUGAGGAAGUCGGAAGCGGCGCAGGAGCCCGGCAAGGACUCUCGGCAGCAGCUGCCUCCUCCCGUACCUGGGCCCGCAGACCCGCCGAAGCCGCAGCCCUUCCCUUCGGGGGCUCCUUCCUUCCCUUUGCCCUACAGCCCGGCCCCAAGCAUGCCGGUCGGCCCCACGGCCCACGGGGCUCUCCCUCCCGCUCCUUUCCCUGGCUCCCCGGUCACCGUGGGACACGUCGCUUCCUCUCAGCCGAGCACCCAGCCCGCCUUUCCCUAUAAGCCUCCUCAAGGUCCCGGAUACCCGCCAGCGCAGGCUGCCGACUCCGCGCCGGGGUAUCCCAACCCCGCCUCGGGAGGCUCGUCUCCGGCAUCGGGCUAUUCCUGGUCUCCGUCCAGGGGCCCGCCUCGGCCCCCACCGUUUCCUGGCUCUCACCCCUCUCCGCCGCCACCCAGAUCCGGGUACCCUCCCUACUUUCCCCCCGGGGUGGGGAGACCGCAGUGCCCCUACCCGACCCAGCCCGCUCUCCCUAGUUUCCCAAUCCCCCCGCAGCCUCCCUAUCCUCCUGGACCGUCCCCACCUUUUGGGUACCCCCCUCCUCCAAACCCUCAGCGCCCUGCUUGGCCUGGCUACUAAAUCGGGACUCCUGGGGAGCGUCCUCUGCUCCCUCCUCUUUUUGUGGCCCGAGGAAGAAGAGCAAGCCGAG